GCAAUUAUAUUAUAUAAAAAAACCGUACCACAUACCUAUUUUGAUAAAACAUAAUAAUAUUGUUUUAUAUCUCUUAUGUAGUUGCUUAGGCAGUCUUCAGUGUUCAGUCAUAAAAAAGAUAUGCUGCUGCUGCCUGCUAUUAUUAUUUAUUAUUAUUCGUUGUUGUUGCCGCUGUUCAAUUAGUUGUCGCCGUUGUCGGUAUCUAUCAACCUAUCUCUUAUACCUAAUUAAAUAUUAUUAUGUAUUAAUUAUGUUCAUCUGGCUGUGCCGACUUGCUCCGCCACUGUUUUGUGGCCGUUCGCACUGAUUUAUUAUAACCGUAACUUAUUAGUAGGUWCAUAUAAUAUUCCCGAAAUGCGCACUGCUAGAUAAAAAACAUUAGUUUGACUUACCAUUUAAUACACAUACAUACAUACUUACACAUUUAAAAUGAGUAACAACAAGGAUAAUAAAUUGUUUGAGAAGCUGAAACAGUUUUUUCGCCUUCAUCGAGGAGGUCCAAACUUAGGGGCUCUGCGUGUAAAAGAUGACUACACAUUAACCGAGGAUCAAGGGCAAAGGAUAUCUUCAGAGUCGUCGAUUCACACCAGAAUCAAAGCUAUCAAAGAACUAGCUGAGGUAGCUAAAUCUCAUCGACUUGAAGAGAAUGCUGUUGCAAGUUUAUGGCUUCAAGUACAUGAUUUAUUUAGCCACCAUGUUCCCAAAGAAGAUCGCCAUUUGGUGUUUACACUUAUUAGAUCCAUUAUUCUUGGCCAAUUUGGAAAUCUUGGAAUGUUACGAAAACAUUUUUUUAAUUUCAUUAAAAGCCAUACUAUUUCUGAAGAUAUAUCAUACAGGUUAAAUAUAGUUGUACUAAUUUGUAUGUUAGAGCUAUUAGAAUGUCUUACCGAUCAUGGCCGUGAUAUUGUCUAUCUAGAAGAAGAAAUAUGCCCUUGGUUAACAAAUUGGGGUGCAUCUGAAUUAGCUCCUGCUGGUUUUACAUUACAGUGGCUUGAAAUAUCUAUUAAUGUCAUAAAAUUUAAUGCCACUUAUUUGGACGAUGAAGUUAUCAAUACUGUAGUUCAGAGUUCAUUUUAUAUAUGCUGUUAUAGUAAAGAUGAAAAAGUUGUUUUAGAAAGCUUACGACUUUUGGAUACCAUUAUAUGUUAUAAUCAUUUGCCUCCUCAAUCUCUGCCUAUAUUUAUUGCCACAUUAUGUCAUACUGCAAAUUCAAAAAUAUACUGUUCACAUUGCUGGAAAACCAUGCGGAAGCUUUUAGGAACACAUAUGGGAUACUCAGCAAUUAUUUUAAUUUGUCAAAUGCUUCUCCAAGAAGUUUCUCACCGUAACGCUGGACUUGUGAGAGGCGGGUUGUUCUAUAUUAACAUGGCUUUAUGGAGUAACAAUCAAGUCACAUUUAAAAUUUCUCUUCUUUCAAUUUUGCCUUCAAUUUAUAAUGCGUUAUCAUGUGACCAUCCAACAGUUGUACUUGAAGUUGUAUUAGGAAUGGAAUCAUUGAUAACAAAAUAUGGAUCUACUAUACGUAGCACAAUUUGGGAAAAAGUUUUAAAAAUAUUAAAAAAAAUAGCAGAGUUUGUCAACAGAAAUGGUGCCAAUUCAAUGCAAAUGAUUGCAGACCAUCUUAAUGAAACCUUAUCAAAAAUUGAGUCACUUAUAGACAAUGAUCUUUAUAGUGGUAGUCUAGAUGACAUUUAUGAUGUCAUUGAAACAUUUUCAAUUUAUAGACCUGAAUCGUCAGUUAAUAACUUAAUGUCAUACAGAAAGGAGUUCCUUGUUCCAACUGAAUACCAAUGGAUUGAUAAUUUGAAAAUGUUUCUAAAUCACUUCUAUACUAAAGAAAACAGAACUCUUAUAAGAAUACAGGCUGUGAAUCAGACAAUGAAAGAAGUUUACCAACAAAAUAGUGCAUUAUAUGACGGUGAACUAAUGGAAGUUAUCCUGAACGUGUUUGGUGGAAUUGCUGAAGACACUGAUCCAUGUGUUCGAAAAGUUGUUUGUCAAUUCAUUAUAGGUAUUUGUAAUGACUGUGAAAGUGAUUAUCAUACAGAUCUUUUACAAAUACUUGGAACAGUAUGUAUUUUAAAAAAAAUCUUUUCUUAUAAUUUAGGAUUAGUUAAUCGGUGUAUAUGUCCUGUGGUAAUGGCAUUAACUACUUGUAUACUAGAAAUGAGAGAUAUAAUGGUAAAAUUAUUACCUGAAGUCUUGUUGAAUAUGUCCAAACUUUCAGCUACCACACAAACUGCAGUACCKAUUUUAGAAUUUUUAUCUAUGUUAAGUCGUCUUCCGAAAGUGUUCUCUAAUUUUGUAGCAGAUCAAUAUAUGGCUGUAUUUGCAAUUACUUUGCCUUAUACCAAUCCAUUUAAAUACAAUCAUUACACUGUUUCAUUAGCACAUCGAGUGAUUGCUAUUUGGUUCCUGAAAUGUCGAACAUCAUUUCGAAGAAAUUUUGUAGAAUUCAUCCAUAAAGGCCUAAAACAAAAUGUAUUGGUGCCAUUCGAAGGUCGCACAAUUCCUAGGAGCAAUAUUGAUAAUGAAGAUUCGUCUAGUAGAAAACGAAGUUCUAGUUUAACAGAUCAAGGAAGUCGUAGACAUGAUCGAACAACAAUGGGCAUGAGUCGCAGUCCUAUGAACGAUUUGAAACCACCAAUAGACAAUAUGCUUUUAACAUUUCAUAAAGAGUUAACUGAAACUUGUAUGGAUUUAUUAGCCAGAUAUGCUUUUGCUACUUGUUCUGCCAUUCCUAAAAGACAUCCCACAGCAGAUUUUAUAUUGGAUGGAGGUCAAACUGCUACUUGGUUGAUAGGAAUAAAACUUGUAACCAUCACAACAAGUGGAUGCACUCAAAAACCAGAUAAAAAUGGUUUAUGUAGUAAAUGUUAUCAAUCUUGUCGCUUAAGUAGUGAUCAGGUCAGAAUGUCUCCUAAACCAGAUGAGAAGUCAAAACUUUCAGUAUCUCGUAGUCAAAGUAGUGAAACUAGUGAUCAACUUGAUGUCAACACAUCUAUCAAAGGAGUUUCAUCACCAUCAUGUUUAUCUACAUCUACUAAUUCUCCUGGAGAAGAAACAAAAAAGUUUCCUCAUAUUGAAUCAAAUGAACCAUUUGAUAUGUCCCGAAAUAAUAGUUUUUCUAGCUCAGAUCGAAUUGAUAAAAAACAAAGUUGUUCUUGUUGGUGUCAAUCUUGGGCUGAAAUACGUGUACGGUGUCCAACAGGAGUAAUGUCUUGGAUGAUUAGAGUGCAAAAUGAUAGAAAUUUUCAGGACAUGAAUUCUGAUUCAUCCAUGUUUGAUGUCUCGACAUUAUUUCAUCCCAGUCUUGGUUUAAAAGUUUCUAAUGGAGAAAUAGAUAAAAUACGUCAAUACUUAGAUGGAGAAAAACGUGUUUUGGAUCAAUAUAUGGUUAAUGAUGAAAAAAUUAAGAUGGAAGCAAAUGAAAAGUUACAGAAUAGAGUACCUUCUGAACCAGUAUGCAUCCCUGGUUCUCCUCUCAAACUUAUUCCUUCACGACAGAACUCUCAGGAGAGCUGUGAAAUUGAAGAUGAAUAUUAUGAUGUUGAAGACUCUGAAAGUGGAGAAAAUCGCUUAAGAAAUCCAGUCCGUAGAUCAAACUCCAGUCCUGAAAUGAGUUCUGGAUGGAAAAAUCCUUUUAUGAAAGAAUUGCAUGACUUAGGAGAUGAUAGUAUGGACAAUGAAGAUAUUAAUAAACACUUAGAAUUAUUUAAUACUCCUAUUGAUUCAAAAAAGAUAAAACAGAAUUACACCAAGGAUUUACGUUAUAGUUCUAAAGCAAAUUGUGAAGCAAUACCUGAAGAAAUUUGUGGUACUGGUUCCACACCACCAUCAAAUAAUUGUCAGUUAAAAAAUUUAACACUCAAUUUGAUCACAGAUUCAGCAGAAAAAAAUACUGACUUUUUAACUCAUGCUAAAAAUAACGAUGAAAAAGAAAGACCAAAAUUGCAAUUAAAAACUUCUAAGUUAAAUUCCUUUAAUGACAGUGACUCUUCUGAAAAAUCAUCUGCUGAAAGUGUUGAUAUCAAACAAAAUACAGAAUUUCCAUUAGUUAGUCAUUACCACGAGGAAAAAAGUAGAUCUUUAGCGUCAACACCAUCUUAUCUUUCUAAAAAACCACCCCUAUCACCGCCAAUUAAUUAUGGAUCUCAGACAUUGGAAAAAAAUGAAAAUGAUGCAGAUGAACCUAUUAUGUUCCGAACUCGUCUACACACAUUAGCUGUGAUGAAUACUGUUAAGAAACCAACAAUAGUAUCUUCAAAUCCCAAUUCACUUUACACGAACAGUAGGGCAAAUCAAUCUAAAGAGCCUGUGCGUUCAGGAAUUAAUMCGAGCUUUGUUUUCCUUCAAUUGUACCAUUCUUCUCAUUUUACUUUUGUUGAUAAUGAUGCAAAACCAAUAUUAUUACCAUUGUCUCAGACCAUGAUUGAAAAGGCUGUAAAAAAUUUGGAUCGUAUACCUCCAUAUGAAGUGCAUAAGAUUGGAGUUAUCUAUGUUGGGUUGGGACAAGCCAACUCUGAAGUAGAUAUACUGAGAAACCAGCAUGGGUCUUUGAGAUACACAGAAUUUCUAAAAUGUUUGGGUUCCCUUAUAAAACUAUCCGAUACAGAUUCACACAGCAUAUUUUUAGGCGGGUUAGAAACAGAUGGUAAUGAUGGAAAAUUUACUUAUAUAUGGCAAGAUGACAUUAUGCAAGUUAUAUUUCAUGUGGCUACUUUAAUGCCAACAACUGAAUCUGAUCCUAAAUGUAAUAAUAAAAAGAAAAAUAUUGGAAAUGAUUUUGUUACAAUUGUUUACAAUGAAAGCGGUCAAGAGUACGAUAUUCAAACAGUUAAAGGUCAAUUUAAUUAUGGUUGUGUAAUUGUAAAACCUUUAGAGCAUGGUGUAAAUCAGAUCACAGUGAAAGUGAGAAAUGGGUUGCGCGAGCAUGUUGGUCAUCAAGAACCAAAAAUUGUCUCUGAUCAAAAUGCUGCUAUGUUGGCUAGACAGUUGGCUAUUCACACAGAUUUGGCGUCACAGAUAUUGAGCAGUCUGAGCAAAGAAAAUAGUGGGCCAUAUGCUAGUAAUUGGCUAGAGCGACUCAGAACGAUCAAAAGAAUACAGAGCAAGGUGAUGAAAGUAGACAGCAACGGUCAGCCAAUAAGUGGUGAGCCAAUAUCAGUAGUGCGUGGACAAGGGAUACAGGGGGGUCAAGGUGCUGCAAUGGCUGGUGGUGGCCGUUUAAAGAUGCAAAUGUGCGAUUUCACGGAAUACACAUAAACAGAAGUACAUCAUGCGAUUACAACUGCAGACAAAUUAUAUUUUCAGCAUCUCUAAAAGGCUAUUAUACUCAWACACACAUUAGUGAUCUCAUUUUGGGUUACGCAUUGGAAAAAAAUUGUUGUAAAGUGGUUUAUUAUUGUGCUCAUAGUAUAAUAUUAUAACAUUUUACAGCAAAAAACAAAAAAAAAAACUAUUAUGUAAUACCUGAAUGUGAAUUCAUUGUGAAUUUUUUUUGCUUUUUUUUUAAUGUUAAUACACAAGAUUAUUGUAAAU